AUGUUUUCUGUAUACAAGGAAACUGAUGACCCAACAGCAAUCAACAUUUGCACCUAUGGGAAAUUUCUACAUGGUGAAGGACGACAAUUGUUGACGGUGAGCGGUCGCUUGUUGAGACUAUUUCGAGUAAAUCCAUAUGCGCUUGUUCCGCCGAAAAACGACAAUGUGGAAUGGAUACAAAGAACAAAAUUGGAAUGCGUCUUCUCGAAUAAAUUCCUCUCCAGAAUACAGUCAUUAGCUGUUGCCAGAAUACCACAAUAUCCCGAUGUGGACUCAAUGUUAUUGGCCUUUGAUGAUGGAAAACUAUCAAUUGUAGCGAUUCAUGCCGAAAGCAAUCAACUUAUCUCCGUCUCCUUGCAUUCAUUUGAGACUGAAACUCUUCGUGGAGGAUUCACAAAGAAUUUUCCACCUCCGAUUGUUCGAACUGAUGUCAACUCGCGAUGCGCUGCGAUGCUCGUUUAUGCCAAACAUUUGGCGAUUCUUCCUUUUCAAGAAGGACGCGAAUUUGUUCACAGCUAUGUGACCCCGCUAACAAGUAUUGACUCACGAUUGGAAAACGUGAUUGAUAUGGUCUUUUUGGAUGGAUAUUAUGAGCCAACAAUUAUGUUUUUGUAUGAACCACUUCAAACGACGGCGGGACGGGCUUGUAUUCGUAACGAUACGAUGUGCACAAUGGCUGUAUCUAUCAAUGUUUUCGACAAACAAAUGGCCGUUGUGUGGAGUCAAACCAGUUUGCCACUUGAUAUUGAUAGGAUUUAUUCGGUUCCAAAGCCACUUGGAGGCGCUCUCGUUGUUGGUGCAAAUGAAAUUGUUUACUUGAGUCAAGCUGCACCACCUUGUGGUAUUGCUGUCAACUCUUGUUUUGAUGGAGGGUAUUCAAAGUUUCCAUUAAAGGAUAUGAAACAUUUAUCGAUCGCAUUUGAUGGAUCUCAAACAGUUUAUAUUGGAGAUUCGCAAUUUCUUGUAGCAACUAAAGAUGGCGAGAUCUAUUCUGUUGUGGUUGUGACGGACUCUUCUUAUGCAGCAAAAUCAAUUUCGAUUUCAAAGAUAGCUGAGUGCUCGUUGCCUUUUUGUAUGACCGUCUGCGCUCGGGGACAUUUAUUUGUGGGCUCUCGACUUGGCGAUUCACAACUCUUCCAAUAUACGGUCAAAGAAGUCAUCCAGGGUAGUGUUCAUGCGUUACAAGUUGUAAAAGAAGAGGAUGCUCCAAUGGAUGAGGAUGAUUUGGAACUUUAUGGUGAAUCGCAUGCAGCCACUCCGGCUACAUCCUCCUUGGUUAAAGAACAAAUCACGGAAUUAGUGGAGCUUGAUCGAUUAUUAAACGUGGCUCCCAUUCGAUGCAUGACUACGGGAUUGCCUGGUAAACUUGCGGAUGUUUUUGACGGUUGGCGGCCAGAUGCUGUGACUGAUUUGGUGGCUGCUACUGGACAUGGAAAAGACGGAGCACUGUGUGUUUUUCAACGAACUUUACGACCGGAUGUUUCCACAAGUACAUGCAUAGAAGGCGCACAACAAUUGUGGGCCGUUGGAAGAUGUGAAGACGACUCGCAUAAAUAUGUAGUUGUUGGACGUUCACGGGCAACUUUGGUUUUAGAGCUUCGAGGAGAACAGAUGAUUGAACUCGAAGAACCGUUAUUUAUCACAGCUGAGCCAACAAUUGCUGCAGGUGAAUUGGCGGAUGGAGCUAUUGCCGUGCAAGUGACUUCCUUAAGCAUAACGAUGGUUGCCGAAGAUACCCAAGUACAACUUGUCGAGAUUGAGUCGAUGCACCCGGUGAUCUCUGCCUGUAUUUCGGACCCUUGGGUUUCGCUUUUGACGCAAAAUGGACGUCUCUUGCUUUAUUUUCUGGAAAUGGAAGGUGGCACCGCGUUUUUAAAACCAAUUGAUCUAAAAGAGGCUUUUAAAAAAGUCACGGGCAAAGGAAAAGUGACAGCGAUGUCAAUAUAUCGUGAUUUAUCCGGAUUAAUGACAAUCGAUGAGGAUAUUGGACAGAAGAAGACGUCAAAAGAACGAAGACCAAAUGCUGACGUUGAGAUGGUUGAUGAAAUUGAUGAAAUUUAUGGGGACAUGGAUGAGACUGAGCGACUACUGUAUGGAAUUUCCUCAAAUAAAAACAGGGGAAAGAAAGGCGAAGCAACAUUUUCCCGAAAGAAACGAAGGCACGGAGAAGUUCAAGCGGCGAGAGGAGGAGAAGAAUCGGAUGCAAUCGAUCCAAAUACAAUUGAGCCAACAUAUUGGUUACUUGUGGCACGAGAUGAUGGAACACUGUCGAUUCAUGAAUUGCCAUCCAUGAAAAUUGUGUUUGAGUGCCACCAACUGGGAACUCAAUUACCGAUUCUUAUUGAUGAACCUUUGGAAGAACGUGAUGAACAAACAAAUCAAAACGGAGAUCAAAAUGGUGAAGCUGCUGUCGGCAGGACCCCAAAUCCCAUACAACGAGCUGAAGAACGAGUGGCCGAGAUUUGCUUGACCGGAAUGUGCUUUAACCAAGGGCGUCCGAUUCUCUUCGUACUUGUUGAUGAUUCAGUGAUCACCUACGAACUCUAUAAGCACAAGAAUUCGGUUCCAGGGCAUCUUUCCAUUCGUUUUCGUCGUUUACCACAAACCGUUUUUGUGCGUACUUCAUCUUACAUGGGAUUUGAUGGCAAGCGGAAUGAAUUGCAAAGAAGUACAGAAAACAAGCACAAGCAAACGUUUCAUCCAUUUGAUCGAGUUGGCAAUGUCAUGCAUGGCCUUUACAUCUCUGGGCCGUGUCCUUAUCUUUUUCUCGUUUCUCCAUCAAAUGGGCUAAUUAGCCAUCCAAUGACAAUCGAUGGUGGAAUUCGUGGGAUGACACCGUUUAACAAUUGCAACAACCCAAUGGGAUUUCUUUAUCUGACUGAAGGUGAUCAAUCGAUGAGAAUAUCAAAAUUACCGCCGGAAUUCUCGUACGAGUCUUCAUAUCCUGUGUGUAAAGUUCCUCUCAACUGUACUCCACAUUUCGUUCGCUAUCUUUUUCAAUCACAAGUAUAUACCUUGGUUCAUUCUAAAUCUCACAGAUCUAAUCGAAUUUGUGUGGUGGUCAAUGAGGAACGAACCAUUGAGACUCGAGAAAAGCCAAGCACCUUUGUAUGUCCAGAAGUAGAAGAAUACACACUUACGCUCAUAUCCCCCGAAGACUGGAAACCGGUACCAAACGCUGAAAUCAAAAUGGAAGAAAUGGAGGUUGUGGCUUGUUGCGAAGAAGUUGUCCUACGAUCCGAAUCUACGAUUACUGGCUUUGAGAACUACAUUGCCGUUGGAACUAUUUGUAAUUACGGCGAAGAGGUUUUGGUUCGUGGAAGGUUACUUUUGAUUGAAGUAAUCGAAGUGGUACCAGAACCUGGAAUGCCUACAUCAAACAGAAAAAUGAAGAUUUUAUACGAUAAAGAACAAAAGGGACCUGUGACGAGUAUGUGCAGUAGCAAUGGAUUUUUAUUUACCGGAAUGGGUCAGAAGGUUUUCAUAUGGCAGUUUCGCGAUAAUCAACUGAAUGGGCUGGCAUUUCUCGAUCUUGAUUACUACAUUCACCAUCUUUACUCUUUGAGGAAUCUUGUGAUAGCGUGCGAUGUUUAUGCUUCUGUUCACUUAUUGCGAUAUCAAGAACGAUUUAAAGCCUUAUCGGUGAUGUGCCGCGAUAUUCGUAAAGAUGCAGUUCCACCGAUGACUUCAACAUUUAUGGUUGACGGAAAACAUGCUUCAGUUGUCAUGAGUGAUGAAUCGGGAAAUGUUUUCUUAUUCGAAUGCGAUAACGAAGAAGGUUUAGUCGAAAAGAUGCCCGUUCGAGCACAUCUGAACGCGGGAACAGUGAUUAAUUGUUGGGUGCGAGUAAAAGCUCAUUCCUCUCUCAUUCUACCACCUACAUCUACUAACGAUAUUCGUGCCACACAAUCAACACAAACCGCAUUUUACGGCUCACUUGAUGGAUCAUUUGGAUUUUUGAGGCCGAUCAAAGAGAAAAACUGGCGAAGACUCAACUUUUUGGCGCAAAUUAUGCAAGAAGAAAUCCCUUGUGCUGGCGGUCUUCAUCCAGUAGGCGCAAAGUCAGCUCGUCCCGCUCCUGAAUUGGGUGAACGAGCAUUAAUCGAUCUCGACUUUAUUUCACAAUUCAUGCAUCUUUGUGCGCAAGAGAAAAAGGAUCUCGCACGGAAACUCGGAACGAAUCGAUACCAAAUAAUGGACGAUUUAAUCUUACUUCGAAAGCUAAGGGUUAUGGAUAAUGGUCACUCGCUUGGAGACUUGAUCCUCGAGAAUCCACACGUCAAGUAUCGAAAUAGCGCGGCCGGUAGAUCUCCAAUCGGGGUCCUUCGUGUAUACAGUGAGCACGUAGAAUGGAAAGAUGAUGCUUCUAAUGAUGUCGCAAGAUUCCCAUUUGUACAAAUAAAAGGCCAACGGGUUUCGCCUCCAAACAAAACAAAAGUUCAACUCCAACUUUGCCUGCAAAACGAUGAUCAAGCAACUUUCGUUUUUCUCCAUCCCGGCUUUGACAAAGAGGCUUUGAUCAAGGAGCGAGAUCUUUUUAAAGAAACUCUUCAACAAUCAUUGGUCGCACAUCGAACACGCGUAGCCCAGUUGGCCUCCAAAAACGAGACGGGCGCCAAGACAGCAGAACUCGAGGCCAAACAGAAGAUGUUGAUGCAAAACAAGCAAUUAGAGCAGCUCUACAAGCAUCUUGUCUCCACAAAACUGAUCAAUCCUCAAGAUUUUUGGACAGAUUAUUAUAAAACGAGUGGUCAAUCAGAAGAACAAGUCGGCGUUUCGGGUGGCUUUUUGUCGACAAUCGCUCAAAAUGAUGGCGUUAAUGGAGUGAAAUUGAAUCUGAAUACCGAGACUAUUCAAGCUAUCUUCAAUACUUACCCAAUUGUUGAGCGAAAACACAUCGAAUUAGUACCUCAUGAGAUGACCGAGCCCGAAUUCUGGACAAAAUUCUUCCAAUCUCACUACUAUUAUCGGCAACGAGAGGUUUUACCAAAUCCAAACGAUCCUUUUUCCGAGUGUGUUCGACAAGACGAGGCAGAAAUCGAGAAACUCACAAAUUUGGGCGUCGCUAGGGCAAAUUUUGAUCUUAACUAUUUAUCGGAUAAUUUAAUGAUUGACGGAAAGAAAAAUGAUGAAGUUGGCGAAAAGCAACAAUUGAUGAGGAGAUGUAAUUAUCUUUCGGAGCGAAUUCUUGCUUCCUUCAAGGCAAAUACGGACUCAAGUUUCUCACAGCCAUCUACUUCGAGUGAUUCAAAAGAAACACUCACUCAACAAGCUUCCGGAUUUGCUUCUUUGAAUAGAGGAGUCGAUCAAGUGGAACGACGAUUAGAAUCAGAAGAACUUGAUUCAGAAAUAGAAUUGGCUAUCUCUCAACCGAUCAAAGUGGCAACAAAUAUUUUGGCUAGCAGCAAUUCUUUGGACCCUGCAGUUGCAGCGCAAAGACGAAUGGCAAUAAAGCGAUUUUUGGAUACUUCCAACGAUGACGCAAUUCUUGGUGGCUUUGAUUGGAUGCAGAUGGGUCGACACAUGUCAAACGAUUUGGAAGAGCAAAACGGUUCGAAGACUAAUGGAAAUGGUGUUGGUUUCACGUUGGCUCCAUCACAAAUGGUUGAAGUUCGAGCGAUUCAUGAUGCCGUUGCCGAGUUGCUCAAACAUUUCUGGACCUGCUUCCCCGCGACCACUCCUGAGCUAGAAACUAAAUUGGAACGAAUGGUAGAGACUCUUGCCAAAUAUCGGAAAGAUCAACUUGCUCAUGCAGUUAAAAAGUUUGGAGAACAUCAUUUCGAUCAAUGUUUUUUGAUGCUUGAUCAAGCCAAUCACAAGAUGGCAUCUGAACAAGCGAAGAAA